CCAAACCUCUGAGAAACCAUCGACCAUAUGGUGGGAGAAGAGGAGUUGAGUAGCUUGAACAGAAAGUUGAUUCACAUCACUUGACAAAGGUAUUCACUCUGCUUUCCUUCUCCCCAAACUUCACCUGUUUGCCUUGUUUUGACCUCCAGAAGGACUGUUUGCCUCUUCAGAUUCAGACAGCUCCCUUCAGAUUCUUGAGAGUCACUGCUUCGAGAAUAAGUUCUUACUAUUUAGGCCUCAUGGAGCCAGAAGACUUAGAAAUAUGUCCUUAUGACCCAAACCACAGGAUGCCAGCCAGCAGGUUACAGUACCACCUGGCAUCAUGUAGAAAGAAAAAUCCAAAGAUAGCUAAAAAAAUGGCUAACUGCAAAUAUAAUGCUUGCCAUGUGGUCCCAAUCAAAAGGCUCAAGGAACAUGAGGCUAACUGUGUCAAUAGAACUGCUGUAGAUGAUGAGCCGUUUAAUCUUCCAAAGGUUAUUUCUCCAAGUUUGGAACCAAAUGAAAAACUUUCUAAUGCUGCCAAUCAGAUUCUUGACCCUGAUGUCUGGAACAUAGAUAACACACAUCAUUCUCCUUCAUUUGUUCUUAAGACAUUUGCUCCAAAAACGCUGGUCUGUGAAAGUGACUCAAGAGACAUAAAAAAACAGUCUAUGGAUGGCAAACAUCCUAACAACUAUAAUUCCUGGAGAAAAGGUCAGAAAAACUGAUGGAGAAGCUGUGGAUUAAAGAGCCAGCAGGCGGAAAAUUAAUUGUCUUUUUUUAAACUUUGGGGAAAUCUUAACUGUCAUGUUUUAGGUAACAACUCCAGUCAUUGUUGGCAUCUUAAAAUGUUUUUAUUUAUUUAA